CUGAACCGCCGCAUAUUUCCUGUAGUAUAGUAGCGUCCAGAGCGGACGAGGCUAUUGUGAAGCAGCUUUUCUCUCUUCCCUUCAAAUUCUUUCCAUCGCAACUUUCCCUCUUCAAUAUCCGUCUUCCAUUUCGCCUAAUUCUCUCCAUUUUUCCAUGAACCCUGAUCCAUCGUUAAAAAAUUAGGGCAUAGCAUAGCACAACGCUACCCCAAAACGAUGCCGCUCUUCGUCUCCGACGAGGACUUCUCCCGCCACGGAAAUGACGCCACUUGGGUGGCGGACAAGGCCGACGCGUUCAUCCGCGACUUACAGACGGAGCUAGAGACGUUCAGGGCUCAGAACGACGCCGCUUCCAUCACGGCCGAGCAGACCUGCUCCCUCCUCGAGCAGAAGUACCUAUCACUCUCCGAUGAAUUCUCCAAGCUCGAGUCGCAAUACUCGCAGCUUCAGUCCUCCCUCGACCACCGCCUCUCCGAGGUCGCCGAACUCCAAUCCCAAAAGCACCAGCUCCAUCUCCAAUCGAUUGAGAAGGAUGGGGAGAUCGAGAGGUUUAAGACGGAGGUGUCGGAGCUGCACAAAUCAAAAAGGCAGUUGAUAGAGUUGGUGGAGCGGAAGGAUUUGGAGAUUAGUGAAAAGAAUGCCACCAUCAAGUCUUAUAUGGACAGGAUUGUUUAUUCGUCAGACAAUGCUGCACAAAGGGAGGCCCGUUUAAGUGAAGCUGAGGCAGAAUUAGCACGCACCAAGGCUUCAUGUACUCGUCUAUCACAGGAGAAAGAACUUAUUGAGAGGCAUAAUGUCUGGCUUAAUGAUGAGUUAACAGAGAAAGUUGACAGUCUCAUUGGGCUACGUAAAACGCAUGCCGAUGUUGAGGCAGAUUUGUCUUCUAAACUUGCAGAUGUUGAGAGACAAUUCAAUGAAUGCUCUAGCUCUUUAAAAUGGAACAAGGAAAGAGUGAGGGAACUAGAAGCAAAGCUAAGAUCUCUACAGGAGGAACUAUGCUCAUCUAAAGAUGCUGCUGCAGCCAAUGAAGAGCGGUUAAACGCUGAACUUUCAACAUUAAAUAAGCUUGUUGAACUAUAUAAAGAAAGUUCUGAGGAAUGGUCCAAGAAGGCAGGAGAGCUCGAGGGUGUGAUCAAGGCUCUGGAGACACAUUUGAGUCAAGUGGAAAAUGAUUACAAAGAGAGACUUGAGAGGGAAGAAUCAGCAAGAAAUCAAUUUCAGAAGGAAGCUGCAGAUCUGAAAGCAAAACUUGAGAAGUGUGAAGCAGAAAUCGAAACGAGCAGGAAAGCGAAUGAGCUAAAUCUUCUUCCACUCAGUAGUUUUACCACGGAUGCAUGGAUGAAUUCAUUUGAAUCUACUGACAUGGUUGAGGUUAAUCGUGCGGUUGUCCCAAAGAUUCCUGCUGGUGUUUCAGGAACAGCAUUAGCAGCUUCACUUCUACGGGAUGGUUGGAGUCUUGCAAAAAUGUAUGCGAAGUACCAAGAGGCUGUUGAUGCCUUUCGUCAUGAGCAGUUGGGAAGGAAGGAAUCUGAGGCAAUUUUGCAACGGGUUCUAUAUGAAUUAGAGGAGAAAGCAGAAGUCAUUUUGGAUGAAAGAGUGGAACAUGAGAGAAUGGUUGAGGCAUAUUCUAUGAUCAACCAAAAACUGCAGAAUUCAAUUUCUGAACAGGCAAACUUAGAGAAAACCAUCCAGGAGUUAAAGGCGGAGAUAAGGAGGCAUGAGCGUGACUACACAUUUGCCCGAAAAGAGAUCUCUGAUCUCCAGAGAGAGGUGACUAUCCUUCUGAAAGAAUGUCGAGAUAUACAGCUUCGUGGCACAUCUUCUGGUCAUGAUAGUCAUGACUACGGUACUGUUGCUGUGGUUGAGAUGAAUGCUGAAUCUGAUGCUGAAAUAGUCAUAUCUGAACAUCUUUUGACCUUCAAGGACAUAAAUGGACUAGUUGAGCAGAAUGCCCAGCUCAGGAGUCUUGUUCGCAAUCUUUCUGACCAGCUUGAAAAUAGGGAAAUGGAGGUCAAGGAAAAGUUUGAAAUGGAGCUCAAGAAACAUACUGAUGAAGCUGCCUCUAGAGUUGCGGCAGUGUUACAAAGAGCUGAAGAGCAAGGGCACAUGAUUGAAUCCCUUCACUCCUCCGUUGCAAUGUACAAAAGGUUAUAUGAAGAGGAGCAUAAACUUCAUUCAUCUAGUCCCCACUUAGCAGAGGCAGCUCCAGAAGAAAGGAGAGCUGACGUUAAGCUUCUCCUUGAGAGUUCCCAGGAAGCUACCAGAAAGGCCCAAGACCAGGCUGUAGAACAAGUGAAAUGUCUGGAGGAAGAUUUGGCAAGGACCAGGAAUGAGAUCAUAUUAUUGCGGUCAGAGCGUGACAAGUUGGCUUUGGAAGCAAAUUUUGCUCGAGAAAGACUUGAGAGCUUCAUGAAAGAAUUUGAGCAUCAGAGAAAAGAAACAAAUGGUGUUUUAGCAAGGAACGUUGAGUUCUCUCAGUUAAUAGUUGACUACCAACGGAAGCUGCGAGAAAGUUCUGAAUCUGUGCAAACUGCUGAGGAGCGUUCUAGGAAGUUCACUAUGGAGGUAUCUGUUUUGAAGCAUGAAAAAGAGAUGUUGGAACAUGCUGAGAAGAGAGCUUGUGAUGAAGUUCGUAGUUUGUCGGAGAGGGUCUAUAGACUUCAGGCUAGUUUAGACACUAUUCAAAGUGCCGAGCAAAUUCGUGAGGAGGCAAGAGCUGCUGAGAGGAGAAGACAAGAAGAGUAUACAAAACAAAUAGAGAGGGAGUGGGCAGAUGUCAAGAAAGAUCUACAAGAAGAGCGCAACAAUGCCCGCACUCUCACCCUUGACCGUGAGCAGACCAUACAAAAUGCCAUGAGACAAGUCGAAGAAAUAGGAAAGGAGUUGUCUAAUGCAUUGCAUGCUGUUGCUUCAGCUGAGAGUAGAGCUGCUGUAGCCGAGGCUAAACUGACUGAUCUGGAGAAAAAGAUAAGAUCCUCUGAUAUUAAGGUUGUGGAUAUUGAUGGUGAAAGUGGAUCUUCCUCUUUGACGAGUGAUGAGGCUGUGGUGGCAUUGCGUGCUGCAAAGGAAGAGAUUGAAAAAUUGAAAGAGGAAGUGAAAGCUAAUAAGGAUCACAUGCUACAGUAUAAGAGCAUAGCUCAGGUAAACGAAGAUGCAUUGAGACAGAUGGAAUUUGCCCAUGAAAACUUCAAGAUUGAGGCUGAAAAACUGAAGAAAUUGCUUGAAGCUGAACUUCUUUCUUUGAGAGAGAGGGUCUCUGAACUUGAACAUGAGUCUGGUUUGAAGUCUCAAGAAGUUGCUUCAGCAGCUGCAGGGAAGGAAGAAGCCCUUUCUUCUGCUUUAUCUGAAAUUACAAGUCUAAAGGAAGAAAUCUCAGCUAAAAUUUCCCUAAAUGCGUCACUGGAGACUCAGAUAUUGGCUUUGAAAGAAGACUUGGAGAAAGAACAUCAGCGAUGGCAUUCUGCUCAGGCUAACUAUGAAAGACAGGUUAUCCUCCAGUCGGAGACAAUACAGGAGUUGACUAAAACAUCGCAAGCUUUGGCUGUGCUCCAGGAAGAAGCUGCAGAGUUGCGUAAAUUGGUUGAUGCACUUAAAAGUGAAAAUAAUGAACUGAAGUCUAAGUGGGAAUUUGAGAAGGCAAUGUUAGAAGAAUCAAAGGAUGUUGCUGAGAAGAAGUACAAUGAAAUCAACGAACAGAACAAAAUACUGCACAGUCAGCUUGAGGCUUUGCACAUUCAACUGGCUGAGAGAGAUCGUGGAUCAUUUGGAACUUCAGCAAGCACUGGUUCAGAUACUUCUGGGGAUGCUGGUUUACAAAAUGUAAUAAGUUAUCUUCGACGGACAAAAGAAAUUGCAGAGACAGAGAUUUCUUUGUUGAAACAAGAAAAACUUCGGUUACAAUCACAACUUGAGAGUGCCCUCAAAGCUUCAGAAACAGCCCAAUCAUCACUUCAUGCUGAGCGUGCAAAUUCAAGAUCAUUGUUGUUCACUGAGGAGGAAAUAAAAUCCUUACAGCUACAGGUUAGAGAAAUGAACUUACUUCGGGAAAGCAAUAUCCAACUAAGAGAAGAAAACAAGCACAAUUUUGAGGAAUGCCAGAAAUUGCGUGAAAUAUCACAAAAGGCUAAUAUUGAGACUCAGAACCUAGAGAGAUUGUUAAGGGAGAGACAGAUUGAGUUGGAAGCCUGUAGAAAAGAACUUGAAGUGCUAAAGACUGAGAAAGAUCACUUGGAAAAAAAGGUUCAUGAGUUACUUGAAAGGUAUAGGAAUAUUGAUGUGGAAGAUUAUGAUCGUGUGAAGAAUGAUGUUCGUCAGUUGGAGGAAAAAUUGGAGAAGAAGGUUUCUCGUGUAGAAGAAGUCGAGAAACUUCUUUCAGAAAAGCAGGAGACUGUAUCACAUCUGGAGCAAGAUCUUUCUAACUACAGAUUGGAUCUGACUGAGAAAGAAAAAAGGAUAAAUGAAACUUUGCAAGUUGAGGCAAGUCUAAGAUCAGAUGGCGAGAAGCAAAAGAAGGCGAUCCUUCAGUAUAAGAAGAGGUGCGAGACACUCUUAAAGGAAAAGGAGGAACUGAGCAAGGAGAAUCAAGCUCUUUCUAGGCAGUUGGAGGAAGUCAAACAAGGGAAACGAUCUUCUGGGGAUACUAGUGGAGAACAGGCCAUGAAGGAAGAGAAAGACAAAAAAAUUCAGACUCUGGAAAAGCUUAUGGAGAGGCAUAGAGAUGAUAUGCGAAAGGAGAAGGAAGAAAACCGGAUAGAGAAAGCAAGGCGCAUAAGGACUGAGAAGGCAGUAAAGGAUUCCUACACUAAUGUUGAGCAGGAUAAAACAAAGUUCAUGAAUGAACUGGAGAAGCAUAAGCAGGCUGUAAGGCAGCUUUCAGAUGAACUUGAAAAGCUGAAGCAUGCAAAAGACAGUCUCCCUGAGGGGGGCAGGGGCGCUAAGAAAAAUGCUGGGGAAUUAAAGCAGAGUCUUGGGCAUGGUACCUCUGUUGUUCAACUUCUUUCUGGAUCCAUACUGGAUGGCCUUGCUGCUGCCUACAGCUCGGCUGUUGAAAAUUUUGAGAAGGCAGCACAUUCAGUUCACAGUGACUUUGGAAUUCAUGGUGUUCCUGCAGACACUCCUCCAGUUUCAGAUGCUUCAUUAGCAGCUACUUCGGGUACUGGUCAAGCACCAACUGUAGUGUCCUCAAUGAGUCCUGCAACAGGUUUGGCAUCCAAAUCAACUGAAGAAAGUGAAAAGAGAUUGACCUUGACUUUGCCCAAAAGCAAUGUUGAAACGCGUAAAACAGGGAGGAAGUUGGUUCGGCCCCGUCUUGCAAGACCUGAAGAACCACAAGGUGAUGUAGAGAUGUCAGAGAUGGAAGGGAGCCGCAAUGUGGCCAAGCAUGCCCCAUCAAAUGAAAUGGAAGUUCAAGGCAAUGUUACUUCAACACAACCGCUGCUUCGAAAACGUCAUGCUUCUUCAUCUGCUUUUGAGUCUCGUGAGGAAUCAAGUAACCAAGGGGAAACUGGUCCUGAUGUGGCAGCACCUGUGCCGAAGAAGUCCAAAGGUUCAGAUUCUCCACAAGGGAGUGAAGGCCAACCAUCUGCUAUUUCUGAAAAUCUUUGCAGUGUUCCAGUCAAAGAUGAAGCUAUUGAUGUCGCUGAGUUGCCUCAAGGUUCAAAUGAGGAAGCUGUUGGUGAUACUGAGAAGGAAGAAAUUGAGACUACGGGAGAGAAGGUUGAAGAGCCAAAUGAACGACAGUUUGAUGGUUCAAAUCAAGUAGAAUCACAACCCGACAAGCAUAUUGGUUUAGAAGAAAAUGUUGAUGGAUCAGGUGGAACUGAGAUGAUGUGUGAUGAUGGAGCCAAGGAUCAGGUUGAGCUGGACAACCAACAGACCAAUGAAUUUGGAGGAGACAGAGAAGAGGGAGAGUUGGUCCCUGAUGUUUCUGAGCUUGAAGGGGGUGAUACAAUUGGCAGUCCCGAAAUAGGGGAAGGUCAACCUGAGCCUGUUGCAACUCCUGGGGCUUCCCCAGCCAGGGGCGAUGAUGAAGGGGUUGCUGCUAGUUCUGUUGUGGAUAUUGGUGAGGUAAAUUCUCCAGAGGUUCUAAAUGAUGAUAAAAAUGAUGAAGUUGUAACUGAAGAAGCUGCCGAUGGUUCUGAUAAAUCAAAUGAUGGUAAUGAACAAACUGGGAUGGAGACUGAUCAGGCAGCUUCGGCUGCCUCAGUAAUUAUUGAGAAUACAUCAAGUACUCCUACAGAAGUUAAUGUUACAACGCAAGUUAGUCCGAGUGUUACUGCAGAAACAGAAGAGGUGAAACAGGUAUCUCCUAUGACUAAUACAUCAACUACCAUUUCCAUAACAGAACGAGCGAGGCAGAGAUCCGUGAUCAGACAGGCUGGAGCUGGAGCCCCUUCUCCACCAAUAAGAGGCCGUGGAAGACCAGCAGGACGUGGACGAGGUGUGCGUGGACGUGGACGUGCACGUGGGGCAGCACCUGGUGAUCAAGGUUAAGACUGGAAAUUAUAAAAGAUGUGCAUUUUAUCCCCCGUUUCUGCCAUUUGAAUGAUAACAAGGGUUUCGCUCCCUAGUAAAACGUGGUGUCGCAGUUUAUUAUGUCCCAAAAUGUUCUAGGCAUUUUGAGGGACAUGAUUACCGCGCACUUUAAUGGUUGUUGUCCAUAGAAUAUGGAUUUUGGAAAUAUGGUAUUUUGAGUCAUUUCACAUGACUGAGUUCUAUGAAAAUUCCUUGUUUUCUUCUUUCAUGGUUGAGCACAUGGCUAAUAUCCUUCAACUGAUUUACUUUUUCGCAGCCGAAAAAAAGGAACAGAGAUCCCUCACUUUUGCAAUCUCGUUUUCGCUCUUAUUAUCGAAUUAAAUAAAAAUGUUGUUUGGAGAUC